AUGGUGGGUGCAAAGGCGGUCACAAGCCCCAGCACCUCCCUCCGCCUGGCACAGCAACGCAGUGGAGUCUGCAGUGUCAUAGUGAGUCUUCCCUUCUAUCAGGUGUUCUGCUGUGGGCCUGCUCCCUGUACCUGCUGCUGCCAUCCUAGGUGGCCCCCUCUCACGGAGUCUCCUUGUAGCCGCCUGUUCUACAUCCUCCUCCAUGUGGGGACCUCAGCAGUCUGCUGCCUCCUGCUGUCAAGGAUGGUAGUGGAAAGAGUCUGGGGCAAGGCACGUGGGAUCCAGAUGCCCUCAGGGCUUUGUGCCCAUCUGUUUGGCCACUCUCACUGCCCAGUGCUCAGCAGCUCUGGGGCUGUAUACCAAGUAUGUGCAGGAACUGCCACCUUCCACCUGCUGCAGGCUGUGCUGUUGGUCGACCUCCACUCCCCCACCAGCCUGAGAGCACAGCUGCAUAACACCUUCUGGCUCCUCAAGCUGCUGUUCCUGCUAGGUCUCUGUGCUGUUGCCUUCUGCAUGCCUGAUGAGCAUCUCUUCCCAGCCUGGCAUUACAUUGGCAUCUGUAGAGGCUUCACAUUCAUCCUGCUGCAGUUGGUGCUUAUUACAGCCUUUGCCCAUUCCUGGAACAAGAACUGGCAAACAGGUGCAGCCCAAGACUGCCCCUGGUUCCUAGCUGUGCUGCUGACCACCCUAGGAUUCUACAGCAUGGCAGGUGUAGCAGCUGUGCUUCUGUUCCACUACUAACACCCAGAUGGCUGCCUGCUCAACAAGAUGCUGCUUAGUCUGCACCUUUGUUGCUGUGGUCUCCUCUCCUUCCUCUCCAUCGCUCCCUGCAUCCGCCUCAAGCAGCUCCACUCUGGCCUUCUACAAGCCUCUGUCAUCAGCUGCUCUAUCAUGUACCUGACAUUCUCUGCACUGUCCAGCCGUCCUCCAGAGAGUGUAAUCCUUCAAGGACAGAAUCACACUCUGUGCCUGCCUGGCCUGAGUAAAAUGGAACCCCAAACACCAGAUACUUCUCUGGCAGUGUUGAGUGCUGGCAUCAUGUAUGCUUGUGUGCUUUUUGCUUGCAAUGAGGCUUCCUACCUUGCUGAGGUAUUUGGGCCCUUGUGGAUUGUCAAGGUUUACAGCUGUGAGAUCCAGCCCUCACUCUGUUUCUGCUGCCCUGAAACAGUGGAGCCAGAGGAAGGGCAAAGAGGUGGGGCUGCCAGGCCAGCUAACCGAGAGAGUCCAGCCCCUCCAGUGCAAGUCCAGCAGCUUUCCUAUAGCUAUUCUGCCUUCCACUUCGUCUUCUUCCUUGCAUCACUCUAUGUCAUGGUUACCCUCACCAACUGGUUCAGCUAUGAGGGAGCGGAACUGGAAAAGACUUUCACCACAGGUAGCUGGACUACCUUCUGGGUCAAGGUUGCCUCAUGCUGGGCCUGUGUACUCCUCUAUCUGGGGCUACUACUGGCACCAUUCUGUUGGUCCCCAACCCAAGAUCCCCAGCCUCCUCUUCAGGCGACACUGUCAUCGCGUCAGUAUUGCCAGAUAACAAAUAUCCAGUCUAGGUACUUUUAA